ACUUAAUGUAUAAAUAGUGGUGGGAAGAAGAAUGUAGACAGUCGAAACAGCUGUACAACAUCUGUCUGUGUGCAAGAACUGAAGCAGCUGCCGUAACAAGAUGAAGCUCUGCAUCCUCUUCAUGUGCCUGACCCUCUUUGCAAUCAUUAAUGGAAUGCCUCCACUCAGCAGGGACUACAACACACACUGUCGCUGCCUUCAGGUGGAGUCCAGGAUCAUUCCUCCAGACAGUCUGAGGAGCAUCAAGCUCAUCCCUGAAGGUCCUUACUGCGCAAACGCUGAAGUCAUAGCUGGGCUAGCGAGUGGAGAGAAGGUCUGUCUGAAUCCUCGGUCCACGUGGGUGAAGAAGCUGGUCCACUUUAUUCUGCAGAAGCAGCUUCAUCAGCAGGGAAGAGCAGGCGCCAAGAAUCAGGCAUAAACAUGCAGAGAGAAUCUGCCUCCUGCAAACUGAGCCACGCUGAUUUACUUUAACGAUGAAUACAUGACAGCAUAUCUGUUUUGUUUACCCUUUAACUUCUUUAUACUCUUUGGCUCUGCUCAGGGGGUUUUCAGGGAGUGUGAAACGUGCUAUUAUAUUAUAUUGUGCUGAUGCUUCCUUAUUAUUUUCCUGAAGUUCUUCAUUGCUGUUUUGUAUCAAGGUCCAAUGUAAGUUCUCAAAACAAUAAAACAUGUUUAUGAUGUGAAA